UAUCAAGUUUAAUCCAUCUCUGAGUGACGCUUUCAGGAACUCCCUCCCCUCCUGGUCCUCCUGGCCAUGCUCCUGUCCUCUGCCAUUCUCUGUGGGACUCUCAUCCUGUCUGCAGAAGUGACUGUGUUGCUGCUGUGAGACGCUGCAACCAUGGCUGCUACGGGAACUUUCCGUAUGGUGUCAGAGGAGGAGCAGGCCAUGAGGUCAAAGCUGGCGCACCUGACAGUGAAGGAUCAUGGGCCGGUGUUUGGACCCUGCCACAAACUGCCUGGCCACACUGUGCAAAAGGCGAAGGAUGAGCUGCAUGAGACAACUGAAAGACGGGCGUCAUCACUGAAAGAUCUACGGGCCAUGAUAAAGGAGAGAGCGUCAGAAGGAGACGACUUGGCCAAACUGGUGCAGGACCGCUUCGGGGACAAACCGGACUCUUUGCUGGUUCGCUUCCUCAGAGCACGAAAGUUUGACGUCACCAGAGCCCAUGAGCUCAUGAAGGGUUACGUCCGCUUCAGGAAGGACUAUCCCGAGCUAUUUGAGAACCUCACCCCAGAGGCGGUCCGCAGCACCAUCGAGGCAGGAUACCCAGUAGUUCUGCCCAGCAGAGACAAAUAUGGCCGUGUGGUUCUGCUCUUCAACAUCGACAGCUGGGACCUGGAGGAGAUCACCUUUGACGAGGUGCUGAGAGCAUACUGCGUGAUCCUGGAGAAGCUACUUGAAAAUGAAGAGACUCAGAUCAAUGGCUUUGUCCUGAUUGAAAACUUUAAUGGCUUUACCAUGCAGCAUGCCUCAGGGAUAAAGACGGCUGAGCUCAAAAAGAUGGUGGACAUGCUGCAGGACUCAUUUCCUGCCCGUUUCAAGGCGGUUCAUGUUAUUCACCAGCCCUGGUACUUCACCACUACCUACAACGUCGUUAAACCUUUCAUGAAGGCCAAGCUGCUGGAGAGGGUGUUUGUUCAUGGUGAAGAGUUGGACGGCUACUUUAAAGAAUUUGAUUCAGCUAUUCUGCCUUCGGAUUUUGGUGGAAAAGCCCCAGUGGCUGACUACCAAGCCAUUGCCACCCAACUUUUUGGCUCUGAAGACACUGCUCUCUAAAAGAAUGUGGACAAUGUUUAAGUUAGAUUUGUUUUUUAAAUUUUUAACUGAGGCAUAUGAGAGCAUAAAGGAAGCAGGGGUCAAUCUGCAGAUAAGAAUGAGGUAUAAAUGGGGGGGGGGGGGCUUUAGAUAUUAUAGGGAAUAUUGUUAGUAUUUACUCCAUGGCACUGGUAGUACUAUUUGUUGUUGAUUUGGCAGCAUGAUGCAAACAACAAUCCCAUUAACUUUGGUUUGAUGUUGUUUGCUUUAAAAGUCAUUUAUAUAAGACUUACGCUGGGUCAAAUAAAGCGUGAGUGCAGAAGUUGCUGUCUUUCUGAUUUUUGUGCUUUACAGUAUUCAGAUUGACUUUAUGAAUGGUAUGCAUAGUGAUAAGGUGAUGGGUCUGCCUUAAACUACUGGGUCAGGAGCAGUGUGGUGCCUUCAGAAAAUUCCCAUUUGGCAGCCGCCUUGUUUUUAUUUUAGCAAACAUCAUGGGAGAUUGAAAUGCCUUUUUUUCCUUAUCUGCUCUUUUUGUUACAUUAAACUGAAAAAAAAAUGUUAAUAUAGACAUUUAUGUAGUUCUGUAAUAGUUAAAUUUUUUUAUUUGUUGAUCACCUUCUAUUUCGUUUAACUUGAAAGUAGCAAUAAACCCAGUUUACAGCAAGA